AUGGUGAAAAUUGAGGAAAAGGGAGCUCUCCUUGAAGAUAUCUAUGCAUAUGCCCUGUCCAGAGCACUGAUAAAAAUUGCCCCGCCAGCCACUGUUGGUUUGUACUGUCAGUGUCAAAACCGCAUUGAGACACUGCUAAAGAAAAUUAAAAUUUACAUUAACAGAGAAGCAGAAUGGAGGGAACACAAGUACAAAUUGGACAUGCCCCGAUCCAUCUUGAGCUCCCUGGUUGUGCUGCUCUCCAUGAUGUUCUUUCGACCAGUGUGGAGCAUGGAGACGGAGCAGAGGCGGAAGAGGGUGAGGUGGAUAUUUGUGCGCUUCAGCGCCUGGCACUUUGCGGGAAGUGACAAGCUGUGGGCUGGCCUUGUGAUCCGCCUGUUCAAGGCCAUACAGCAGGACUUUGGGGGGCUGUCUGUCAGUGUCUACAGAGCCACCCAGCACCCAUUCCCUAAGAGGUUCGAGGACCAGAGUCGAGGAAACUGGCAGGCAAGGAAGAUGUGUAGGGUGCCUGUCUGGCUUGCUGCCAUGUGUGCAGCCGUUUUGUGUGCGGGGUCCUGCAUCAUGCUCUACUUUUUGGGCUUCCAAGUGAGAACGAACGGGACACUGAGCAGUCUGUCGAGUGUGGAAUCAGUGGCUGCCGUGACUCUUGGCCCCCCUGCCGUAGUGGUACUACGGUUAGUCUUGAGGAUUGGCAAAAAUCUGCUUUACGGUCCGGGUAGCAUUGUCCAAAAGACGAUGAACAAGUCAGCAGUCAGUGAUCAGCUGGGUUUCAUGAACAAGGUGAGAAAGGAGGUGUCCAUUCUCAUUAAUCUCAUCCAUUUCAUGGAAGUGCUGGAGAACAGAAAGAUCCGUGUUAUUCUGGAGAUCACCAAAUUAGACCGGUGCAGCCCGGAAAAGAUAAUUCAGACUCUGGAGGCCGUCAACAUCCUUUUGACAGGAGAGAAUGUCCCCUUUGUGUUGAUUCUCGCUGUAGACCCAAGGGUUGUGGUGAACUGUGUGGAAAAUUCAUUCUUGCAGCAUAGGUCAACAAACAGCGGUUAUGAUUUUUUAAACAAGAUUGUUACCCUGCCUUUCUCUGUGCCCGAGUUGUCUGAGAAUUCAAAGCGCAGGAUAUUUGAAACCCUUGCAAAUAGUCACCUUGAGGUCUUUGCUGAUGGCUUUGAUGGGACAAUAGCUCACCCAAGAAAGUCUGGUGAAAACAGGCAUUUAGGAAUGGAAAUGGGACCACAUGAAGGGAGCUUGGUGCCUUUCAUUGGAAAUUUCAGUGCAGGGUCUGAAGCAAUAGAUCCAGGCAUUCCUUGGGAACACUGGGCAAGACGGGUGAAGACACUGACGAAUGAUGCUCUACAGUUUGUCUAUAAGAAAGGCAACCUCCAUAGUUACAUUUCUGGAGAUCACAUGUAUAUGAGGAGAAUAAUCAACUCAGUGCGUAUGUCCAUUAUCAUCCUGGAGGGGAUGAGGUGUGAUUUGUCUUCAGGUGAAGACCUUGCAGCUUGGGUGGUUCUGGCCAACCUGUGGCCUUGUCGUCUGAGCUGGAUUCUCCAGAUUGUGGAAGAUGACCAGCACAGGGCUGCUAUAAAUGAGCCUGGCAGUACGGGUGAGAUUGACAAUGGUAAGCCUUUGUGGGAAGUCUUCCGCAAGUCCAGCGUUGAAUUAUGCAUGCUUAAAGGUGGAGCUGAGCUACUCCUGGAGCAGGAUGGGGACCCUGAACUGUUUGAAAAGUUUCUCAAGGUGGAUUUCAGGCUCACUGUUGGGGAUAUCAAAAGGUUCAGGCCCUGCACAGUCAAUCUUGACUAUUCCAUACAAAACGAGAUGGCCAGGCUCAGAGGCACCAACACAAGAGACAAAUUGAACGACAAAACCCAUGGCACACUCCCAAUUAGGUCCCUUGUCAGAAUGAGUACAGAGGACAUCUGCAAAGAGAUGCAAAGGCUGAACUUCCCUGAAAAAUAUCAGGAGCGGCUGAGGCAGAAUCGACUUGAUGGAUCGUCCCUGGCCUUUGGCGGUGACGGAGAGAUCAAACAGGUUUUGCAGAUGGCCUUGGGUGAAUGGAUCUCUUUCAGCUUUCGUUUCCUGGGAGCAAAGCCAAGAGCCAGCCCCUAA